AUGAUGUAUGCGGAAGAUGACUCUGCCGACGUGUUUGCGAUUCCCGACUUCUGGGAUCCGCCACAAUGGGAAUUACCGAAAGAUACAACCAGCUUCUUCGCCCUCGACCUAACAGCAGAGGAAGAGGACAAGGGGUCUCCCUUAUGGAGUUUACCAAACGACCGGCCCAACAAGGUUUUCGAGCUUCCUGCGAUAGAUCCCAUUCCAGAACAAGAGGAACCAAGCACCGUCGAUGCACCAGAGCCGGAAGAGCAUUCUCCUCCCGAACGCGAUUUCGAUCUUGAUGAGUUAUGGUUUGCCCUCGAUAAACCGGUCAAGAAGGCUCCCGAGUUCAAGACAUGGAACAGCUUCGAGUCACCGAAGUCUCCAUCGACGAAACCCAUUUUCAUCUCAGAGGCAGGCCCAGCAGCCUUCGACGCCUUGAUGGAACUCGAAGGAGACCCUUUGAAGAUUGGAAGUUCUGACUUCAGCGUGGUGGAAGCAGGCCCCUACUGCAAUGCGCUCCUGGCUCUUGCUCUUGGCAGAGAAUCGGUGUUUUUCUCGUGGGAAGAAGAAUCAAAGUCAUUCAAGCCGGCUCUUCCAAGAAUCAGAGUCUCAGCUUAUACUGGCAACACGAUUCAAGAAGUACAGCGUUCAUGCUUGAAGUGUGGUCACACAUAUCGCCGGUUACGAUUGUUUGUCGACACGACGUAUCAGAGAAAUGCCACUCCGUGUCGCGUGGCUUUGGCAAGUUCCGUGGACAAGGCGCUGUUAGUCAUCCAGAGCAGUAUUGCCUUGCACCACCAGUCUCCUCGAUCGAUUCUUCAAGUUCAGUCGCUCGUCAGCCAAACGUACACUAUCCUGAAGCAAUUUGAUUCGCUAGUUUCCAAGAUCCGACGGGAGCACCUCGACGAAGACGUUUUCGUUAUUGUCUUCCAACAGGCCCAGUCUGCCGAGUACGCCGAGGUACACUUGAGAGAUAUGAUGCGAGAGGUGUUACGGCGCGUAUCCAGGCCAUGGAUCGAACUUGUGGAGGAGUGGAUUGGCACGCGGCGCGAAGUCGGCGUGCCACUGGGCAAGCAUGAAGUGGGAAGGUCCAGAGGCUUCAUCAAAGUCGAGUCUGAGACCUACAUCGACGAUUUCGGGGACGAGGUUGAAGAAGUCGACUUUCGCCUCGAUGCUGAGCGGAUACCCAGCUUCAUGCCAGACGAUAUCGUGAAAUCACUCUUCGAAGUUGGGCGGAAUUUACGCUUCAUCAGAACUUCCCAUCCGAAACACCCAUUGGCGCAAUCGAGUGUGAUCUCGACGAGCCGUCCUCCACUUGUCGAGUGGCUGUUCGACUGGGAUGCCAUAGUUGAACUCGAAAGCAGGAUACAUUCGUACGAGCAUACUUUGCGGGCGGCUAUUCAGCAGCCUGCAUCGGAGCAACUCGCUAAAGUCGACGUCCCUGGACUGCCAAUGGAAGUUUCCGCAGGAUAUCAACUGCAAUUCUUUGGUCUCGACGAAGGCCAGCUGCAAAGUCGAUUAGAUUCCUCCUUGCAAGAUUUUGCGCAACCCAUGGGAGAUUCAACAUCGGAAGAUCCGUUGGGCAUCAUCAUCAGGGAGCGCUUGUCCGAUGUCACAACAGAGGUAGGGAACGCCGGUACCGAUUUCACGCCGCACUGGUCCUUGCUUCCGGUUCUCUCGUUCGGUUCCAUCAUUUCCGCUCAAUCCAGGGUGGUUGGUAGAGAAAGUCUCAAGUUGCUCUUUGCCUCUCAUGGCCUUAGAGAGCAUUUGAAAUUGCAGAAAGAAUUCCAGCUCCUUGGGAACGGCUUCUUCUGCAGCCGUCUAUCCCAUGCCCUGUUCGACCCAGACCUGGAGACAGCUGAGAGACAAACUGGUGUCGCUCACCAGGGCGGCGUGAUGGGUUUGCGGCUGAGUGGUAGAGACACUUGGCCGCCUGCCAGCUCAGAGUUGCGCUUGGCGCUGAUGGGUGUUCUGGUCGAAAGUUACGAAGGCCCCGUGUACGAGAGCCUAUCCAGACCACGAGACGGCGAAGCAAACGAGCUUCCUGGGGAUCUAAGUUUCGGUGUACGCAGCCUCUCCAACGACGAGAUUGAUAAAUGCAUGGAUCCAGACGGAUUGGAAGCACUUGAUUUCCUUCGAUUGUCUUACAAGCCUCCUCCGGCAUUGGGAUCCGUCAUCACACCAAUCAUUAUAGUGCAAUAUGAUCGCAUCUUCAAACUGCUCCUGCGGGUCUUGCGGAUGCAAUACACGGUCAAUCGGCUCUUCCGCGAUAUCACAGCCAGGGAGUCCGGGUGGCAAGACAUAGAAGACGUAUCGGUCCGUUUCUGUUUCGAGGCUCGUCACUUUAUUGCGAGUAUCAGCAGCUAUAUUUUCGACACUGGGAUUGAGAUGCCAUGGCAGGCAUUCGGAACUCUUGUGGACCAGGUUGAGGCAGACUUGAAGGGCGACGACAUGGAGGAACAGGCAGGUUCGGCAAUUAGCCCAGACCGUCUCCGGGAAUAUCAUUCCCAGGUGCUCGAUCGAAUCAUGCUGGCGUUGCUACUAAGGAAAAGACAACAGCCUGUUCUCAAGUUGUUAGAGGACAUAUUUCGAGCCAUACUGGAGUUCGCCAAGUAUGCUAGACUUAGGGUCGAUAUGCGUCGAGCUCGCAGUCAGGGAGAGUCAACCGCCAAGGGCUUAUACAAGAUCUUCAGGCGGAACGUGGAGGUGUUUCUGACAGUCUGCAAAGGACUUAGUGAAAAGGGCGAUUAUGGUGCGAAGAAGGAUACGUUGGAGAAAUUGGAGCAGUCCAUCACUCUCACUCUACAGGAGAUCGACUCCAACUUCAGCAAGGCUCAUCGGAUUGUUACCAGCAGCAUUUUGCCCAUUGUUGAACAGUAUGGCGAGAAUUCGCGAAACGUUUGGGAAGCUUCCAAGUUCUGGAAACAAUUCUUCGAGGCUUCGGCCAACGUGUCGCUUUCGGGGUACGAAGAACUAGCCAACGACGACGAUGAGACUGGUGUUGGCGAAGAGUCAGCUGUACAAGACGGAUCGACUGCCCAAUACGCCACACCACGUCGUGGUGGUAACAGCGCCGAAGACGAAACUAUAACCUCUACCGCCGAGUCGACCUUCCAACCCGAAGAGUCCAUGAUAGGCGGCGACGACGAUCUGACCGGAAGCACUCCGCGAGUUCCCAAGACCAAAACAAUCCAGACACAGUUCUCAAGCCUCGAAUCCCCUUACGAGGCGCUUAAGCGCGAGCUCAAGGGGGAGCCCCCUGCCCCGUACGAGGAAGACGACGAGGACGAGGACAUUGGCCUUGGCGAGGAUUCUACCGUGCUGUUCGCCCAGCACACCGCUCGGCUGCCUGACAUGUCGAUGACGCCCCGCUCGUCGCUUGCGCCGCCGCAAUCGGCGAAGCAGCACAAAGAUCCUCUGAUGCACCGUAUGCUCGACAAGACCUUCCGCAUCCAAGCGACGCCGCACAAAGGUCCGACCUAUCGGGUUUCGCCGCUGAAGCGUGAGAUGAAGCCCAAGGAAGAAGAAGACGUGCCGUCUUGGCGGCGGCAAGACUCCCCUUUGUCGUCGCCCGUCAUGGCGGUCCCGACGCUGCGCAGCGAGGCCUUCAUGUCACCUGCCAAGUCCAGACGGCUUGCUGCUGCAACGGCUGCGGCCUCUUCGGGGCCUCGGACCCCUGGUGUCAGCGUCCAAACUCCUGCUACGGGCCGGAAGACCAAGGAUGUUUUUGCCGGCAAGCCUUACUUCAAAAGCACGUUUGACGACGACACCACGACGACCGAUAUUGGCGCCGGCGUAUUGUCGAAGGAUAAGUAUGAGAUCAACUGGGAAAGUGACAGUGAUGAGGACCAGGCGCUGUACGGUGGUAUGAGUCCGCCUAAGACGAUCCAAUUUGCGCUGCCUCAGUCAAAGCUUCUCCAGACGCCUGCUCGGGAAGCCAGUAAGCGUAUUGUUGACGAUAUCCUGAUGACGGCUGGCGCCGAACCAGAGAGUUCGGAGUACAGUCCGACGAUGGUCAAGAUGAACGAGGAUAUUCUCAAUGAGAGCUUUUAG